GAGGCCUCGCCCUGCGGAGCAUGCCGGGAGCUGUAGUGCGCGCCCGCUCGCGGCGGGCUCUGCGUGUCAUGGCUGCCCACGCCGCGGUCGGUUGCUUUUCCGCUUGGCCCCAGAAAGUUUCGGUUCUGCCCAGCCGUGGACCCACAAACGCCUUCUCCCACUCCCGCGCCCGUGCAGCCAAGGGGUCUGACCUCUGUUGACCGGACCAGGCAGGAGGCAUACAGCUGAGAAAGGCGGCCUGCGGCCAGUCGCCAUGGCUUCCUCCGGCGCAGAGAGCCAGCUCCAGAGAAUCAUCCGAGAUCUGCAAGAUGCUGUGACAGAACUAAGCAAAGAAUUUAAGGAAACAGGGGAACCCAUCACAGAUGACAGCACCAGCUUGCAUAAGUUUUCUUAUAAACUUGAAUAUCUCCUGCAAUUUGAUCAGAAAGAGAAGGCCACCCUCCUGGGCAACAGGAAGGACUACUGGGAUUACUUCUGCGCUUGCCUGGCCAAGGUGAAAGGAGCCAAUGACGGGAUCCGGUUCGUCAAGUCUAUUUCAGAGCUCCGGACAUCCCUGGGAAAAGGGCGAGCAUUUAUCCGCUACUCCCUGGUGCACCAGCGCUUGGCAGACACCUUACAGCAGUGCUUCCUGAACGCCAGAGUGACCAGUGACUGGUACUAUGCAAGAAGCCCCUUUCUGAAGCCAAAGCUGAGCUCUGACAUUGUGGGCCAACUCUAUGAACUGACGGACGUUCAGUUUGACCUGGCAUCAAGAGGCUAUGACUUGGAUGCUGCCUGGCCAGCAUUUGCCAGGAGGACAGUGGCCGCUGGCUCUUCUGCUUACAUGUGGAAACCCCCGAGCCGAAGCUCCAGCAUGAGCAGUUUAGUGAGCAGCUAUCUGCAGACUCAGGAGAUAGGCUCCAGCUUUGACCUGAACAGCCCCUUAAACAAUGAGGCCCUGGAGGGCUUCGAUGAGAUGCGGCUGGAGCUGGACCAGUUGGAGGUACGGGAGAAGCAGCUGCAGGAGCAAAUGCAGCAGCUGGGCAGAGAAAACCAGGAGCUGAGGGCAGCUGUCAGCUUGCAGAGAGAGCAGCUGCAGAUGGAGAGGGAGAGGGGCCACACUGCCACUGAGGACAGUGUUCACCUCCCUGGCGUGCUGGCUGAGCUCCAGAAGCAGUGGGAGGUCACCCAGGCUGCACAGAACACUGUAAAGGAGCUGCAGAAGUGCCGACAGGCCCUGGAGCUGGGUGCAGCAGAGAAGGAAGAUGAUUACCACUCAGCCCUGCAGCGUCUGGAAUCCAUGCUACAGUCCCUGGCCCAGGAGCUUGAGGCCACACGAGACUCACUGGGUAGGAAGAAUCAGCAUUUAGCUAAUGUCCCAGACCAGCUGGGCCUGGCUGAGCAGAAGGCAGAUGCAGCACUGGACACAAAGGGGCAGCAAGAGCUCAUUCUCAGUGACCCAGCCCUAGAGAUCCUGGAGCUGGGGGAGAAACUUCGAGCCUUAGAAGGAGAGAGCACCAAGGUCCAGGAGCUCAAUAGACAGCAGAGUGCCCAGCUAGAGCAGCUAGCCGAGGAGCUGCGGCUGAAGGAGGAGGCACGGGCCAGCCUGGAGCGCCUGGUGGACGAGAUGGCCCCGCUCCAGGAAGAGCUGUCUGGGAAGGAGCAGGAGGCAGCCCAGCUCCAGCAACAGCUGCAGGAGUCACUGGCCCGCUUGAGCUCCCUGCAGGAAGAGCUAGCAGAGGUGAGGCGGGAGGAGCAGCAGCAGCGGGGGGAGAAAGAGCUGCUGGUGCAGGAGGCCGGAUCCCUGACCCAGCAGCUGCAGCUCCUGGAGACCCAGCUGGCACAGGUGAACCAGCAUGUGCAUGACCUGGAGGAGCAGAAGCAGCAGCUCAUCCUGGACAAAGACCACCUCAGCCAGAAGGUGGGCAUGCUGGAGCAGCAUGCUGGGUGCUCCAGCCCAGAGGUGUCUGUGGCAGGUGACAAUGGGGAGGCUCUGGCCCCACUGGACUCCACCCUGCAGCAGGCCUUCGGGAAGCCGGAAGAGGAGCAGAGGAGCCUUCAGGAGGCACAGGUGGACAAUACCAAGAGGCAAGGGAGCAGCCAGGAGGAGAAACUCCAGCAGGCCAACAGGGAGCUAGAGAAGGAGCUGCAGAGUGUGGUUGAGCGCAACCAGCUCCUAGAGGGCAAGCUGCAGGCUCUGCAGGCUGAUUACCAGGCACUACAGCAGCGAGAGGCCGCCAUCCAGGGCUCCCUAGCCUCCCUAGAGUCAGAGCAGGCCAGCAUCCGGCACAUAGGUGACCAGAUGGAAGCAAGCCUCCUGGCUGUGAAGAAGGCCAAGGAGAACAUGAAGGCCCGUGUGGCAGAGAAGGAGGCUGCCCUGCAGAGCAAGGAGGCUGAAUGCCAGAAACUGCGAGAGGAGGUUGAGCAGUGCCGGCAGCUAGCAGAGGCUCAGGAGCAGGAGCUCAGGUCUCUUGAGAGCCAAUGCCACCAGCAGGCCCAGCUGAUUAAGACCCUCACAGUGGAAAAAGGCCAACAGGAGCUCAGCCCACCUCAAGACAGCACAGCCCAGUUAACAGCCCAGCUAGCCCUGUCUCAGGUGCAGCUGGAGGUCCAUCAUGGGGAGGCUCAGCGAUUGCAGGCCGGGGUGGUAGACCUCCAGGCCAAGCUCCAGGCAGCCCUAGGUGACCGGGACAAGUUACAGAGCCAGCUGAGUGUGGCAGAGGCAGCUCUGAGGGAGCACAAAGCCCUUGUGCAGCAACUAAAGGAACAGAACGAAGCCCUCAACAGGGCGCACAUCCAGGAGCUGCUGCAGUGCUCAGAGCGGGAAGAGGCCCUGCAAGAGGAAAGAGCCAGUGAGGCCCAACAGAGGGAAGAGGAGCUUCAGGCCCUGAGAGAGGAGCUAUCUCAGGCAAAAUGCAGUUCCCAGGAAGCCCAGCUAGAACACGCCGAGCUGCAGGAGCAGCUGCACUGGGCCAAUACGGACACAGCCGAGCUUGGCAUCCAGGUCUGCGCACUUACUGCCGAGAAAAAGCAGGUGGAGGGGGUGCUGGCCUGCACCAUCCAGGAGCUCCAUGAUGCCAGAGAGGGAGCCUCAAGGGAGAGAGAGGGCCUGGAACACAAAGUGGCAGGCCUGCAGCAAGAAAAGAAGGACUUGCUGGAGAAAUUGAAGGUGGCUGAAGAGUCAGCCAGCUCCCUGCCUCGUCUGCAGGCCCAGCUGGCCCAGGCUGAGCAGUGCACCCAGAGCCUCCAGGAGACUGCACACCAGGAGCUCAACACCCUCAAGUUCCAGUUGAGCACCGAGAUCAUGGACUACCAGAGUAGACUCAAGGCUGCCAGUGAAGAGUGCGGGGACCUCAAAGGCCAGCUUGAGGAACGAGGCCGGCAGCUUCAGGCCACUGAGGAGGCUGUGGGGAGGCUGAAGGCUGCUCAGGCAGAUAUGGAAGAGAAGCUUAGGUGCACCAAAAACCAUCUUUCCGAGUGCCAGGCCACCAUGCAGAGGAAGGACGAGGAAGGAGCUGCCCUGCGUGAAAACUUGGCCAGGACCCAGAAGGGACUUGAAAAAGCUACAAGAAAAACCCAAGAGUAUUACAGUAAAUUCUGCCAGUUGGUGACAGACCGGAAAGAGAGUGACCAGAAGAUGCUUGCUGACUUGGACGACCUGAAUAGAACCAAGAAAUACCUGGAAGAACGGCUGAUAGAGCUGCUCAAAGACAAGGAUGCUCUCUGGCAGAAGUCAGAUGCUCUGGAAUUCCAACAGAAGCUCAGUGCUGAGGAGCGGUGGCUCGGGGACAUGGAGGCAAACCACUGCUCUGACUGCAAGCGGGAGUUCAGCUGGAUGGUGCGGCGGCACCACUGCAGGGUCUGCGGCCGCAUCUUCUGUUACUACUGCUGCAACAACUAUGUCCUGACCAAGCCCAGUGGCAAGAAGGAGCGCUGCUGCCGAGCCUGCUUCCGGAAGCUCAGUGCAGGCCCCAGCUCCCCGGACAGUGCCAGCUCAGGCACCAGCCAGGGAGAGCCCAGCCCCGCACUGUCCCCAGAUGCCACUGGAGGCCAAGGCGCAAACACAGACUGCAGGCCACCAGAUGAUGCCGUGUUUGACAUCAUUACAGAUGAGGAGCUGUGCGAGAUACAGGAGCCUGGAUCCUCCUUGCCUGAAACACCCACUGAAACAGACUCUCUUGACCCACACGUGGCUGAACAGGAUACCACAUCAAAUUCGCUAACCCCUGAGGACACUGAAGACAUACUGUUGGGGCAGGAUGCUGAAAUCUGCUUGCUGAAGUCUGGAGAACUGAUGAUAAAGUUACCCCUCACAGUGGAAGACAUCGCCAGCUUCGGGGAGGGCAACCGGGAGCUGUUUGUCAGGUCCGGUACCUACAGUCUCAUCACCAUCAGCGUGGCUGAGGCGGGCCUCACCAUCAGCUGGGUCUUCUCCUCUGACCCCAGGAGCAUCUCCUUCAGCGUGGUCUUCCGGGAGGCCGAGGCCACACCGCUGGAUCAGUGCAAGGUGCUCAUUCCCAUGACCCGGUGCAAUUCCCACCAGGAGAGCAUCCAAGGCAGUCUCAAGGUCCGCGCGCCGGGCAUCUACCUGCUUGUCUUCGACAACACCUUUUCCAGGUUUGUCUCCAAGAAAGUAUUUUAUCACUUGACAGUUGACAGGCCUGUGAUCUAUGAUGGAAGCGAUUUCCCAUAGGCUCAAGCACCUGGAUUUUAGUAGUUUCACUUAUCUACAGGAAACACUAUUCUUCCUCACCUGUCACUUAUAAAGCACUAAAAAAAAAACUGAACAAAAAAAUAGCAGCUGCCCCGAAGCCGGAUCAGCUGUGCAGCUCUGGGAGCCAGGCCCCGGCUGUUUCUCAGAGUUGCAUCUCCCGGAGCUCGGUGUGCUCGGCACUGUGCGCCAUCACUCUUAAUCCCCUGCAGCUUUUAAGGGCUCAAGCAACGUUUCCAUUGAUUAGGGACCCAACUGUCCUCAUGCCCAAAGGGACACUCUGCCAAAGGCUUAAACAUUCAGGAGCCCAUCAGUGGCCCCUGGGAGCUCAGGUGCUUAUGGGACGCCUGAGUCCUGCCCCUGGAGAGAGUGGCCUCACCCUGCCCACCCCAGGGCCAGGCAUCCAGGUGACUGUGGGCUAGGAUGUCCUGGCCAGUCCUGUGUGUCAUCCUAGGGAAGGAGGCCACAGGCCAUCAUGACAGUCAAGGUGCCUGGGGACCCUCCUGAAACCCCAACCAGCUUUUCCUGUCACGUGCCUGUCCCUCCCUGCCUCAGCAGAUUUGUGAUUUUGGAGGGGACUCUGGCUGCACUUUCCUCCUGGCCCUCCUGUCUGGACAGUGCUACCCUCAGGCGAAGCUCUUCACUCACCCAGGCCUUAACAGCUCAAAACCUUGCCCUGAAAAUCAGAACUGAAGAUGCCCAGGGGACCUGAACCUGCCCACCACCCUGAGGGCCUGCAGUUGAUGACGUAUAUGAACAGCUAAAGCCCGAAUGCUGGCCCACAUCAGAGCCAUGACCAAAGAGCAGGGUCGUGCACUCGCCAUCAGGGCUCACUCGUUAGCUGCCAGCUUUGUUUAUACAACGAGAGGUUUUCCUCACCUGCAGACAUGUUCACCAACGACCAUAAUCAGAGUAAGAACCACUUUUCAAAAGUUAGAGCCUUCUUAACAAAACUCUUUGGUAGCUCAAAUGUAUAAUUCAGGCAGAAUUCAUAAAUCUACACUGUGCUCACCUCUUGGUCCCCACUCCCCACCUGCUGGAUUCCCCAGCUUCCAUUUGCCCACUUCAUGCUGUUCAGCCUGCACCUGACACCCAGGAGCCAUCUCCCCGUGGUGCAGAUGAAUCCUGUUUCAUUUCACACGACAGGAAGGAGAUGAUCUUCCUAUUCUCUGCGGCCCUUUUCUUCUCCUACCACAGAGAGCUCACCUUUGAUGGCCUCUUUGGGCCUUGUUCAUGAAGGCCAACUGCCUGCAGUCAGGGCCCAGAUUCUUCAGUGAGCAGGGCAUCUGAUGAAGUGACUCCCUUUGACCAGGGAUGAGGGAGAGAGCGCUAGGGAGGGUGUCUGAGGAUCUGAGUGCUGGGCCCAGCAGGUCCAAGUCACACUGCCCAAAAACUUCAUUUUGUCAUCUACAAGCCUAGUCUGACUGCUUUUGAGAGCUUGAGAAUGGGUCAGGGACCCCAGGCCAAGUCCAGCGCAGACUCCACAGCCACCAAUACCAGCAGAGAGGACUCUCAUGGGGCAGGAGGAAGUAACCUUUGCCGUGGCCUCAGACCUUUUGCUUAGGAUGCUUGAGCACUUCUGUUCAGUGUGAGCAGGGCAGAGGGAGUGGUGAACAGAACCUUCUAGAGAAGUUAGCCCAGAGAAAAGCUGAACCUUGUGUGCUCUCUUUCCUUGGGGCAGCUGCCUUUGGCAGAAAGCCAUCGAGGUCUCUAGCAUCUCCUGGCCAAGAACCCAACUGUGCCCAGCACCCAGGCCCCGGAGACUCUCCUAGAUUCAUGCUUGUCCUCACAUGCAUGCCACACAGCCUGAAGAUUGUUACAGAGCAAAUUAGCUUGCCUUUGAAUUCACCACCCUCUUGGAGAGGAUAUCAGAAGUAGCUGAUUCACCACGAGAAAGAAACAAGAGAACCCAAAGCCGUCUGGAGUCUUGUUCUGAGUGCUUAGCAUUCCCAGGACCCUGCGGACUCUAGCCAAGCUUAUGGCCUUCUGCUGGUGGCACUGCUCUUGUCUGCAAGUAAAAUCAACGUUUACCAAGUGGCUGAUGUGUUUGCUGUGAAAGGCCUGGGACAUUCCAUCCAAGACCCUUCUGAACCUCUGUCACUCAGCCUGACAGGGGACCAAUUAUAGCUCAGAAACUGCUCGGCUCUUGUGAAGCCGACCCAGAGCUGCUCCAGGACUGCAGGGUCCCCUUGUGGCGUGCACCACUUUGAAUAUUGACUACAGGUGGGCAGAAAGGCCUUUGGGUUCAGAGGACAGCCAGAUACCCCUGCAGUCACACACUGACUCUGAGCAUAUUUAUUUUUCUGGGCUGGACAGAUGCCUGUCCUUCAUUACUUUGCUGUGUGAGCUCGAGUUUGCUAUGACCUAUGCAGCUAGAGAAUUAUCUUGACCUAUUGCAAUGUGGCUUGUAUAAAUACCUUCAUUUUUAAUAGGUUCCAAUCUUUACUGAGGUUUUGGGAUUGAGGUGCUCCUUGAAAAAUGCAAAUGACAGUGAAGUACAGCUACUGCACAGUCACAGCAGACCGAGUAACACUAGAAAUUAACAAGAGGGAAACAUUCUUGGGAUCCCAGGAAAAACUAUUUUUUAAAAAAGACAAAAAUGCAGCCCCUUGAUCGCCAGCUCUCUGAAUGACAGUCCCUUACUUUUGAUACCAAUACUGGCCACCUUGUUCACAGCCGCCUCAGAGCACCGAUCAGCUUCAUCCGGAAACACUGCCUCUGUCAGGCACAUCCAUCCACAACAAGACUGGGAUAAAGUGAGGCCUGUGCAGAGCACUCCUGCUGCAACCCACCGGACCCCAAGGCGACUGGACCAAGAGUGGGCCAAGAAAUUGUCUAGCAGGAAUCUGGGGCUGAAAAACCCCACAGAGUUUGGAAAGCAGAGAUGAAAAGCCAGGUAGUAUAACUUAAAAAUAAAGGAGAUUGCUUUUCUGAAAUUUUUAAGUUGUCACCCACCUAAAGUGGUGAAGACAUUCAGACUCGAGUGAAAUGAAAUCCCCAUUUGAUGAAAUCAAAUUAAAUCACAGUCUUUUUUAUGAUACUGGUUAGACAUCCCCGAUACAAUUUUGCAGGAGUCCCACUUUAAAAAGGCCGCCUUGGCAACCCCCACCGUCAGCUCUGAGGUGCUGAGCGCUACGGCCCAGAGAAGCCCUCGUGGCGCUCAGGCCCAGGCUCCUGCCACACAGACUCUCGAGUCAGCUGUUCAUGACUACAGAACACUUACCCAAAAGGCACUUUUUUGUGGAAACUUGGGCCAGUUUUUUCAUUUCAUUGUGAUUCUUCCAAGGAAACAGGAAACAAUGAAUACUGCCUUUUCCCUCUUAAGCACUUUUAAAAAAUAAUAUAGUGUAUCUUUAAAUUUUGGGAAGCCUGUCUGAUAAAAAGGUUGCCUUAGAACCUUCGGGUGAGUGUGUUCCAGAGAUGCUCCUGCCUCUGAUGGCUGCAGAGCAACACCCACACCUCGGCUGAGCAGCCUCCAAAUCGGAUUGCACUUUAACUGACCAAGCUUUAAUUCUCACAGCCUUAUGGGAUAGCAGGUCUGGGAACCUGUUUCAUUCUUACCUGCCAAAGAAUUGCCCAGAAGCAUAUCAAAUGCCAUCACCCCACCUGCGUGGUGGGGGUGGGAAACGUUUGUAUCCCAAGACAUACUCCUUCAUAGCACUUGCUAUACCAUUUGGAAGUGUUGUAUUUUUAACCUUGGGAUUUAAAUAAAGGAAACACUAUGAUACUGA